CUAAUAAUAUUAGUUUAAUCUAUCAAAUAGCCUCACUUCUAGCACAGAAAUUCUUACAUUGAUAGAACUCUAAACAAUAAAAUGCCAUAGCAGUGAAAAUAAGGCACUGGAUAAUGAAAAAAAUGUAAACCAAUAAAGUUUUUCUUUGUUCUUUAAUUGUUCUAUUUUUUGAAAAUUAAAUUUUCCUUGUUUUAAGGCUUCUAAUAAUGCUGCUGCUUCUCCUCUUCUUCCUUUUCUGUUUUUGAGAGAAUAAGGAUACAGACUUUCCCCAUGACUUCUAACUACAUGAGUCUAAAAGUCUUUCAGUUUUUCCAUCUGUAAAAUAGCAAUAAUAAUAAUCAUAUCUCUAUUAUCUAUCUCACAUAGUUGUUAUAAGGACCUAAAGAGAUAAGAUAUAUGAAGUUGCAGUAUAAAUUAAAAUUACUAUUAUUAUUUGAUUUCUCUGUUUCUUGAAAAUGAUUUAAUGCCCAAACCUACUUGCUGUAGUUUUGAAUGGUUUAAACCCUUAAAACUUUGAGGCAAUUUUGAUCCAUUCAACAAAUUAGGUGACAUGAAAAAAAUUCAACAAAAUAGUAAUAAAAAUAAAUCAGACAACAAUUUCUGUAAGUAUUAUUCUAGAUCAUCUGAGAAUAUAAAAGUGUAAGAUAAUGAUACUUGCCCUUUAACAAGGCUGUAGUCCAAUUUCCCAAUUUCAAGGCAGUGUUCCCUUUAAUCAGCUCAGAUAGAGUUGACUACAGUAGGUGGAAUAAACUAUCUUGAUUUUUCUUAUUCAAGGAUGACUCUAUUCAAGCCAAUUUUCUCUUCUCCAGGUAUGGGCUCAGAUCCCCUCAUUGAAAUUACAGGUUAUGAAUAUGGAUGGAUUCAACUAGAAUGUACAUCUGCUGGAUGGUAUCCCCAGCCCCGAGUAGAGUGGAGAAAUCUUUCAGAAGAAACUAUUCCAUCCCUGGAGGAAAACUUGGUUCCCAGUGAAGAUGGACUGUUUAUUGUUAAAUUGUCUGUGAAUAUCACAGAUCACACAGUGGUUAGUGUGUUCUGUUCCAUUCAAAACUCCCUUCUCAGCCAAGAGUUGUUGGCAAUGAUGUCUAUCCCAGAAACUAUUUGGAUUACAACAUCCAUUCCCUCUGAGAGCCCUUCUGAGAUCCCAGACCUAAUAACAACUCCAAGUCCUGAAGAAGUCUCUACCUGGAUGGUUGCUCUCACUGUGGCCUUGCCAGCUCUUGGCCUUUUUAUUGCCUGUAGUAUUUGUUUCACAUGUAAACAACACAAGAGAAAAAAGACACUAUUUAUAGAAAAAGAAAUUGAAUGUGAAGAAAAAGAUGAAAAGGGACAAGAACAGAUGGACCACCUGACAGGAUGGAGAAGGAUCCAGUUACAUGCUGCUGAUGUGACUCUGGAUCAAAAUACAGCUCAUCCUGAACUCUACCUCUCUCAGGAUUUGAGAAGCGUGAUACGAGGAGAUACAAGGCAAGAUCUACCUGACAACCCUGAGAGGUUUGACUGUAGACCCUGUGUUCUUGGCUGUGAGAGUUUCACCUCAGGGAGACAUUACUGGGAAGUGGAGGUAGCAGAUGUCAUGGUAUGGGCCCUUGGAGUCUGCAGAGAAAACUCAGAGCGAAAGGGGGAGGCCCUACUGAUACCUCAGAAUGGUUUCUGGGUCAUUGAAUUGUUUGGAAAUAGAUAUCAGGCCCUUACUUCUCCAGAUAUUCUCCUCCCUUUGUCAGAUCACCUCUAUAGGGUAGGGAUUUUCUUAGACUAUGAAGCUGGAGAUGUAUCUUUCUACAAUAUGAUUGACAGAUCCCACAUCUAUACUUGCCCCCGAACCUCUUUCUCUGGACCUCUCAGACCUUUUUUCAGGCUUGGGUCUGAUGACAACCCUUUGGUCAUCUGCCCAGCAUUCACUGGAGCUGAGGGAGUCACUGUCCCAGAAAGUGGCCUAAUCCUUUACAGAAGACCCUACUGACCCCUGUUGGGGGCGGAAGGAACUCUCAGGUUCAGGGCUUAAGUUGCCUAAUGGAGUAGAACUUAUUUUAUCAUAUAGCUUUUAAAUUUGAUCAAUUCUUUUAAGAAAGAUUCCUUUCCCUUUCUCCUUCCACCUCUCUCUCUCUCUUCUCCCUGAGCUCUGACUGCCUGCAAAAUCUAGUUCUUCUCUUCCUCACAAAGCAUACUGACUUGGAGACUCUGGUGCAACCAAAAAGAGAUUUCUUAACUGAGCAGAGAUGUUGGGGAGAGGAGGAAUGGUGAGGGAAAGAGAAGGUAAACUUUAUUAAAGUUGCAGUACUAGAACGGGGAUUGAAAGGAUUUGUAGAAAGGACAAAAGAAUAGGAGCUUGAGCUCUGGAUUACACAUCAGCAAUUUUCAGAGAAAAAAAAGAGUCCAAAGAACCUCUUUAUAGUGACCCCCCUCGGGAGUCCUGUAUUAUUUAUCUGUGGGUAAUAACCUGAGAUGGAGAAGGGAGACUAAGGAAAUGGGAGAAUAAUACAGAAUCAAAGACAGCAAGUUAUAACACAUGGGGAGUAACGCAAACUCCGAGGAAAUAUGAGGAAUAAGAGAAUAGGUGGGGAGUACCAACUCCUUAAUACUUCCUAUAGACAAGGGAGUCUGAGCAUUAUUAGGAAGUAUGGGGGCAACAUCAUCGUGAGGAUCAGCAGGAAAAGAUAGGACAGAGCAUUUUGAAGAUACAGGUAAGUAAGAAAAGAGGAGGAAGAGAGAGAAUUGUACUUGUUCCCCAGUAUUUAUUGGAGGUUUUAGGAAUGUGGAUUGGGAGGAGAUCAACAAAUAUGUAACAUGGCAUAGGUUUUAACAUUGGUUGAAUUGACAAUGAUGAGAUCAAAGAGGUGGAGAUUAAUCCAAUAGGUGCUUUGCAAAUGAAUGUACUGGGAGCCAAGGCAGUGUGGCCAUCAAGGCCCAUCAAUUUUCACGUCCUAUGCUAGUCCUUUGGACUGUCCCUUUCCAUACAAAGAACAUUAAGAGGUCUGACCACGUGUUUGGUAAAUGCAUAUACAGGAUACAAUAUCAAUACAUCAACCAUACUUUCCAGAUGCUAAUAUGCCUGGUAUGCUACACUCUUAGGGAUAGGGAAAAGGGGAAGAUUAUAGGUUUAGGUCAUAUAUUUUGAAUAUAGAAACAGGAAACUUAGGAAGAGAAAAGAAACUGGUAAAGAUGUGAAAUCAACAAUGUCAGCUAUAAUUCAGGGGGGAAAAUGUUAUUCUCUGAACCAAUCGUCUUUUUUUUUUUUGGUCACAGAAGUAGUGAGAUCCUUUUUAUUAUUUUAAGUUUUGAAAUUUUUUAUUUAAUUAAUUUAGAAUAUUUUUCCAUCAUUACAAGAUUCAUGUUCUUUCCCUGCCCUCCUCCAACCCCUUUUCUGUAGCUGGUGUGCAGUUCCUCUGGGUUUAACAUGUGUCAUUGAUCAAGACCUAUUUCCAUAUUAUUGAUAAUUGCACUAGGAUGAUUAUUUAGUCUAUAUCCUCAGUCAUAUCCCCAUCAGCCCAUGUGAUCAAGCAGUUAUUUUUCUUCUGUGUUUCUACUCUCACAGUUUUUCCUCUGAAUGUAGAUAGCGUUCUUUCUCAUACAUCUCUCAGAAUUGUCCUGGAUUGCAUUGCUGCUAGUAGAGAAAUCCAUUACAUUCAAUUGUACCAUGAUAUAUCAGUAUCUGUGUACAAUGUUCUCCUGGUUCUGCUCCUUUCACUCUGCAUCAAUUCCUGAAGGUCUUUCCAGUUCUCAUGGAAUUCUUUCAGUUCAUUAUUCCUUUGGGCACAAUAGUAUUCCAUCACCAACAUAUACCACAAUUUGUUCAGCCAUUCCCCAAUCAAAGGGCAACCCUCAUUUUCCAAUUUUUUGCCACCACAAAGAGCACAGCUAUGAAUAUUUUGUGGACCCAUCCUUUUAAAAAAAUGCACUUUAUUUGAUCCUGAAACCCCCUAAAGCAGGAAUCCUUUAAUCUGGAAUCUAUUUUCCUCCAAAUGAUCCAUGGAUAGAUUUCAGAUGAUCCAUGAAUUUGAAUGGGAAAAAAAUACAUUUUUAUUUCAAUAUAAUGUUUCCUUUGUAAUAUGUAUAAUAAUUUGUAUAUAUGCAUUUAAAAACACCAUUCUGAAAAGGGGUCCAUAGGCUUCACCAGACUGCUGGGAAAAAAAACAAGUUUAAGAAUCACUAACCUAAAACUAUCUAUCCUACGUCUCUCUCUUCCCUUUCACAUCUAAACUCCUAGAAAAAUUUAAUUUGUCAUCUUCACUUCCUCACCUGUCACUCUCUUCUGAACCCCUUUUAACCUGGUUUAGACCCCAUCAUUCUACUGAAACCUCUAUCUCCAAGGUUAUCAGUGCUCUCUUUGUAACCUCUCUUUCCAGUGUAUAGAGACUGUUAAUGUAAAAGCCAGCUAAGAGCUCAGAUAGUGUUGCAGUAACUCUAAGAGCUGAGGAGGACUGUUAGGGGAAAGACAAUUGGGGGUGACAAUUAAGAAAUGAUCCCCUUUGUGUGGAGUAAGGAAGAAAGUGGGUGUUAUAAACUCCAAGACACUAGAUGAAUGUUAGUUAUUAUUAUUUCCAGCCUCCAGGAUUUCUUGUUCCCAAAAAGCCAGAUCUUAUCCUUGGAAGGAGGAAGGACCAGCAGCCACCUCUUGGGGAGCUGGCUGACAGUAGAAAGGAAAUGUAGCAUACCAGGCAUGUUAGCAUCUGGGAAGUAAUGAUUGAUAUAUUGAUAUUGUAUCAUAUAUAUAUAUUCAUUUACCACACAUGGUCAGAUCAGUUAAUGAUCAUUGUAUAGAAGUUACAGACCAAAGGGCAAGAGAAUUCCUAAGCGGCCACAGGGACCUAGCUCACACAUUAUCAGACCACAUUCCUUUACAGGCGCAAGUCAGGUUUAUCUCCACCUCUUUGAUCUUGUCAUUGUCAAUUCAACCAAUGUUAAAGCCUAUGCCAUGUUACGUAUUCAUUGAUCACCUCCCAAUCCACAUUCCUAAAACCUCCAAUAAAUACUGGGGAACAAGUGCAAAUCUCUCUUACUUUCCUGGGUCUUCUGACUUCUCUGUCUUAUCUUUUCCUUCUGAUCUCUCUUUCCUCGCAACUCUGUCACUCCCAUGCUUCCUAUUAAUCCUCUGGCACUAUUUUCCAUAGGAGGCAUUAAGGAGUUGUUACUCCCCACAUGUUUUCUUAUUCCUCAUAUUUCCCAUUAAUUCUAUGGCACUCAUCAGUGGGAAAUAUUCACGGAGUUCACGCCACUCCCCAUGUGUUUUAACUUGUUGUCUCUGAGUCUUUAUUAUUCACCUAUUCACCUAGUCUUUAUUAUUCACUUCAGUCUCCUUUUCCCUUCUCAGGUUAUUACCCACAGGUAAAAUAUAUAUAGGGAUCACAGCUCAGUCCUUAUAGGAAAGUAAAAAAAUCUCCGGUACCUUAUAGCUCUUGUUUUACUUUCAUAUGCAUUUAUCUUGUAUCACUUCUUAUUACAACCAUUUGUAUAUGUGUUGUAUCCCCUUAUCUAGUGUUUCUACAUUUCUGAUAAAUAUUUUUGGGAUUUGGGAAUGAAAAAUCAGUAUUUAUGGGAAUUCUUAUAAUCAGAAAUUAUCCAUAUUUUCCAUAACAUUUUAUUUAUGUGUUUUUAAAUAAUGAGUGACCAUAAUAAAAAGUGAAUCUUUUUUCUGUGAUAGAAAUAUACAAAAAGUUUCAGUGGCUUUCUCUAAAAAAAUAAUAAAUGUAAUAAUAAAUAUAUGAUUUAUUGUUAAUGCAA